AUGAGAGAGAGAAGAAAAAUCCCUUUAGGAAUUGAAGCAAUACGGAGGACUGGGGAGAGUGGCCGGGGGCUCCUGUACUCGGUGGAGGUGGACGCCAUCCUGACCCGCUUCCACGGCAAGUCCCUGCUGUGGCCGGAGCGCCCGGGCCGCCCCACGGAGGAGCUGACGUCCAGGGCCUACAGGGACGGGUACCUGGGGUACUCGGUGGCAGUGGGCGAGUUCGAUGGCAAUCCCAAAACCAAAGAGUACGUGGUGGGGGUCCCCAACAAGAGUGACACGAAGGGCGAGGUGGAGAUCUUCAGUGUGGGGGUGACCCUGCGCCAGCUGCACGGCAUCGCCAGCGAGCAGGUGGCAUCUUACUUCGGGCACACGGUGGCCGUGGCCGAUGUCAACGGGGAUGGGCAGGACGACGUGCUGGUGGGUGCCCCGCUCUACAUGGCCCGGCGCCCCGACGGCCAGCGCAGCGAGGUGGGACGCCUCUACCUCUACCUGGGCGGGGGGCAACGCCCCCUCACCCGGCCCCCCCAGACCCUGACGGGCACCCACCCCUACGGCCGCUUCGCCGCCGCCAUCGCCAGCCUCGGGGACCUGGACAAGGACGGCUACGGCGACGUGGCCGUGGGUGCCCCGUUGGGGGGUGACGGUGGCAGCGGGCAGGUCUUCAUCUUCCGCGGGCAGAGCGAGGGUUUGAUGCCGGUGCCCACCCAGCGCCUCGACAGCCCCUUCCCCGGCCCGGCCGCCUUCGGCUUCGCCCUGCGUGGUGCCACCGACCUGGACAGCAACGGCUACCCGGAUCUGCUGGUGGGGGCUUACGGGGCAGCCAAGGUGGCCGUGUACCAGGGACAGCCUGUGGUGGUGGCUCGGACCCAGCUGAGUGUCCCCGAUGGGCUGAACCCCGAGAUCCUGGCAUGUGUCCUGCCUGGAUCCAGCACCCACGUCAGCUGCUUCUCCGUGGUGCUGUGCGUCAGCGUGACGGGCCAGCGCAUCCCCCAGAGAAUCCGCCUCGACGCCGAGCUGCAGCUGGACCGGCUGAAGCCCAAGCUGUCCCGGAGGGUCCUGAUGCUGCAGGGCCACCAGUCGUCCUGGCACGACGUGCUGGUGCUGGCCCCAGGGUCACCCCCGCUGUGCCACAACCUCACCGCCUACCUGCGGACCCACAUCAUACUGGAGGACUGCGGCGAGGACAACCUCUGCGUCCCCGACCUCCACCUGGCUGCCAACACGCCCAGCAGGCGCCUGCUCAUCGGGGCGGAGGCCGUGCUGCGCCUGCGUGCCGUCGCCAGCAACAUGGGCGAAGGAGCCUUCGAGGCCGAGCUGCGGGUGCAGCUGCCCCCCGGCACCCACUACCAGGCGGCCCGCAGCAGCAUCCUGGGGCAGGAGAAGCUGAGCUGCAACCCCAGGAAGGAGAACGGGAGCCACGUGGUGCUCUGCGAGUUGGGCAACCCCAUGAAAGCGGGCGCCAGGAUCACCGUGGACAUGGAGCUGAGCGUGUCCGGGCUGGAGGACAUGGGCGAUGCCAUCACCUUCCAGCUCCAGUUGCGGAGCAACUCCCUGCCUGCCACCACGGUGCUGCCCGCGAGCUGGCACAGGGUGGAGGGCAGCCGGCGGCUCGAGGACCAUGGCAUCAAGGUGGAACACGUCUACCAGCUCCACAACAAGGGUCCCAGCACCGUCAGCGGGGUGACCCUGCGCCUCGCCGUCCCCAGCCAGCUGGGCGGCCGCAUCCUGCUCUACCUGCUGGAGCUGGGCACCGAGGGGGGCAUGAACUGCACCAACCCACCCGACCUCAACGCCGAGCAGCUGGAGAUCCCCCGGCCCACGAGCGCAGCACCCCAAAAUGGCACCCACCAGCGGGAGCGCAGGGAGGUGGAGGAGCCGCCAGGUGCCGGGCUGGAGGAGCCCAUCCCCGUGGACUGCAGCAACGCCACGUGUGUGGGCAUCGCCUGCUGGGUGCCCAGCCUGGCCAAGGACCAGCGGGCGCUGGUGAGCAUCCAUGCCCUGCUCUGGAUGGACACACUACAGCAGCACCUCCUGAAGCAGUUCCUCAUCCAGUCGCAAGCCUGGUUCAACACCUCGGCCAUGCCCUACCGCGUCCGGCCCCGCGUCCUGCCCGCCGGGGAGGCCACGGCUGUCACCGAGGUGGUGCGCACCAGCCCUGGGGGCGAGGGGGCCGUGCCGGUGUGGUGGGUGGUGCUGGGGGUCCUCGCCGGGCUCCUGCUCCUCACCCUCCUCAUCCUCCUCAUGUGGAAGAUGGGAUUCUUCAAGAGGACACGGCCACCCGCCGAGGAGGACAUGCAGGAGCUGGCACCCAGCCAGGCCCAGGAGCCGGGGGGUGCCCAGGGCUAG